AUGGCCCUGCGCGGCUGUACGCUGCGGCGGUUUGGGCCCGUUUCACGCGUGCGGGACGAGGGCUUCGUGGUGUCGGGCCAAGGCCUGGCCACGCUGCUCCUUGGAAGCCGUGCCCGGCGCCUGGGAGCCAGCCCGAGCCCGGUACGGACGCUAUUUGUCAGUGGCCUUCCUGUGGACAUCAAACCCAGAGAGCUCUACUUGCUCGUCCGACCAUUCAAGGGUUAUGAAGGGUCACUGAUCAAGCUAACAUCAAAGCAGCCAGUUGGUUUUGUGACCUUUGACAGCCGGGCUGGUGCUGAAGCAGCAAAGAACGCCUUAAACGGCAUCCGCUUCGACCCAGAGAACCCCCAGACCUUGCGGUUAGAGUUUGCUAAAGCCAACACAAAGAUGGCCAAGAGCAAGCUGAUGGCCACACCAAACCCCACCAAUAUCCACCCUGCCCUGGGCGCACACUUCAUUGCACGAGACCCCUAUGACCUGACUGGAGCGGCUCUCAUUCCAGCAUCCCCAGAAGCAUGGGCUCCCUACCCACUGUACACCACGGAGCUAACCCCUGCCAUCCCCCAUGCUGCGUUCACAUACCCGGCAGCUGCUGCUGCAGCUGCUGCUCUUCACGCUCAGAUGCGCUGGUAUCCUCCCUCUGAAGCUACCCAGCAAGGAUGGAAGUCUCGUCAGUUUUGUUAGUUCGUUAAGUCUCUCCUAGGCUCGUGUUCCUCCUUCCUGCCUCUCCACGGAGGGAUGUGCCAGGGACGAUCGCUCAGACUCCUUUCGGUUUGGUUUGCGGCCAGGGGACGAGGCGCCCGCGGGGCUCCCCCUCCCCGGACUGCGAAGCCGUGGCGGGGCCGCCCGCGCUGCCUCUGGUUUUUCCCCCUCCCCUUCCUGCUCCAUGCCCAGGACGGCUUCCCCGACUCGGCUUCGCUGUCCAGCCGAGCCAAAACCCAGCCGGAGGGCUUGCUCCUGGGCUCCCCGGCGAGAGCCUGGUGCCGAGCGAGGCCUUGCCGCCUCCCCUGGGCCUGCCUUGCCCCGACCCCUCGUGCAGCUCGGCUGAAGGAAACGAAAGGCAAUUGGUUUUGCAUGUUUUCUGGCAUGAAUUAAAACACUUAACUUGUGUAUGUGUGAGUGUAAGUUUGUUUGUUCUAGCGUUUGUGUAACCGUAGCAACAGGUCUUGGCCCAAUGAUUGAUCCAUCAAGGUUUUCAUCUUGCUUCGGUGAAGACUUGGCUUUUGAGAAAUACUAACUGUCCUUGUCUCACCCCUUCUUCCACCUCCGCUGCCCUCCCCCUUUCCAGUUCGACCAGAAGAAUUUGAAAAAUGUUUUUUUCUUUUUUUUUUUCUUCAAGUACGAUGCACUGGGUUUCUGUUCUCAUCCAUUCUUCUCCGGUUUUAAAGUCAGGGUUAUUAUAUUAUUUUUCUUCAGACUUCUAUAUAUAGAACGGCUGUAAGAUAUCUAACUUUUUUCCUUUUUUUUUUUUCACAUCCCUCUGAUUGGAGAGAAUCCAGUCCUGCCAAAUAAUCAGCCAUCCUUAUGGGAAUACCGAACAAAAAAAAGUACGAGUAUUUUUGUACCAUGUGUAAUAAGGAAAUAUUUAUGCAUCAUAAAGAAUUUCUUGUGUGUUUGUGUGCAAUUAAUUAUUAUUAUUAAAGAGAAAUUGUAAUCCUGUAAGAUAAGUUAAUGUUUAGUUUAAAAAGCUUGAAAGAGAAGGAUUGUCUUCUGUAACAAUGAUUCAGACAGGCAUAGUAAACAAGAAAUUGUGCAAUUUUUGUUUUAGCAUCUUAUUGCUUGGUAUUGAAAUGCUUUAAGUAUUAUACGACCAUGGCUGUCUCGCUUGUAUUAAAAGAGUUGAGAAUAAGUUGCUAUAAUUGCUGAUCCUAUGAGAAUGUGAAACUGGAUAAUAUAUGAAAUGCAAAAAAAAAA